AUGAACUCGCGCUCCCCUUGCCCGCUGACGUGGAUUAGUUUCUUGAUCGCGACGACGCUCCCGUCUUUGAGCUCCGCUUUGUACACGUCGCCGAAACCUCCCGAACCUAUAAGGCUCUCGUCGUUAAAACCGCGCGUAGCUUCUAGAAGGUCCGCGAACGUCAGCUUCCGGAGAGACUUCUCGAACGCGGCGAGCCUCACGUGCGCUUAUUUUCCAUCCGCCGCUAUGUGGGCCCGAGCGCGAAUGGGCCUCAAUGUAGGCCUCGAUGGCGACCUCUUUCUUCUUCUGACGUCUCUUACGGGCCUCGACUGCGACGAGAAUAAGCCCGAAUACGCACAAGAGCGAAAAGAGAAGGCCCAUUGCCACACUUCCCACAAGGGAAGCCUCUCGACGGCGGUUCGCGGGCCCGGUAAAGUCCGAUCUCGACGUGCAAGAAGGCAAAGGGUACCCACAAAGGCCCGAAUUGUUUGCGAAUCGGUAAGCCGGGAAGGUGUCGAACGGGGCUACCUCGGGUAUAGCACCCGACAGCUGGUUGUUGGACAGGUCAAUGUCGGCGAGGAAAGUGAGGCUGGUCAACGACUGCGAAAUAGUUCCGUUCAGCUUGUUGUCGAGGAAGAUCAUGGAGCCGUUGUGGUUGAAUGUGGGCUGAGUGAUUCCUCGGUAGACUCGGGUGAAGUUGCACGGGUGGCGAGUCGAGAUUCGGCCAAGCUGUUCUUGCCGGAUUCCGCCGAACUCGAGAAGGUUACCUGCCCCGUGGCACUUUUUGCUGCCGUCGUUCUUGAUGUAAACGUAACUCUUGCCGCGAGAUUGGCUAAUUUGCCUAGAGAAGACGGGAUUUCGCCGGUUAACCGAUUGUUGGAGAGCGAAAUCCAGUUGAGUUUGGAGCAGUUGCUGAGGGAGGGGGGAAUGGAGCCUGAUAAGUCGUUGAAGUCGAGAAUUAGAUUCUCUAAGCUCUGUAGGUGCAUUAACUCGUUCGGUAUUUCGCCGUGGAGUUGGUUUAGCCACAUGAUGAUGUCACGUAGCUUGGUUAACGAGCCUAAGCUCGACGGGAUAGUGCUGUUGAGGUACAAUGUACGAAGGCUGUUGCCGGAGAUAUUGUUGGAGCUUAUGUCUAAUGUCUCUAAAGAUACGAGCUUUGAGAAUGAAUCCGGCAAGUUGCCGACGAAAUUGUUGAAAGAGACGGCCAAAGACUUCAGGUUGGUCAUUUUUAAGAAAAUGUCCACCGGCAGCUCGCCGGAGAAAUUGUUAGCGGAUAAAUGGAGAAGCUCCAGAGCAGAACAAGAGGCGAGGCUUUGCGGCAAGAUACCCGUAAAAUUGUUGGAGGACAGAUCGAGUUCUAUGAGGGUCCCACACGAGUUGGCUAGGGUCUCCGGCAGGACUCCCUGGAAGUCGUUCUCCCGGAGGUACAGAGACCGGAGGCCGCCGCCGCCGGCGGAGGAGGCCGGCAGGCCUGGGAAGAGACCAGUGAGGAGGUUGCCGGUGAGGUUGAGGAAGGAUAGCUCGCUGCAUUUGGUGAGCGAGUUCCCCACGCCGCCGGCGAACUUGUUAGAGGAGAGGUCAAGGUGCUGCAAGGCGGAGCAGUCGGCGAAGGUCGGGAAGCGGGCGGAGAUGUUGUUGAGGGAGAGAUCCAAAUGCGCCAGGUUCUUGAAGUUGAAUUCCGGAAAUGCCCCCGAUACCUUGUUGCCCUUCAGGGUGAGGCGCCGGAGCUCGGGGAAGGCCCUGCCGGACAAAAUCCAAGAGACGGCGGUGUCGCCGGAGACGUUAUUGUACGAAAGAUCGAGAGUUUGUACGGAAAGAGAGGACACGGUGGCCGUCGCAGCUGCUCUGGGGGCUCCUCCCCUGUUGGGGUCCAUGGCGUUUCUGGAGAGAUUGAGAGAAACCAGGCCGGAGCAAAUUCCGAACGCCGGAAUGUCGGUGACGGUACCAGAGACGGCGUUGCCGGACAGAUCUAACGAGUUGAGGAGGCUGCUGCAGGUGAAUCUCGCGACGGAGGAGAUGGGCCCGGAGAUGUUUGCGUUUCUCAGCACGAGGGACUCGAGAUUCUGGAUGGGCAGCAGGAAUCCGGCGACCGUGGCUAAAUCGGUUCCGAGGCGGAGGUCGGAGAGGUCGACGGAGGAGACCCUGGAGUUUGUGCAGAGGACACCGGGGAAAUUGCAGGGGGAGAGAGUAGGAAGCCACGCCUUGAGCUCGCCGGGGUUGUGGAGGGCGUUCUUGAAGGAGAUGAGCAGCUGGGAGUCCUGCGAGAGGAGGCCGGCGGCGGCGACAUUGUCGGCGGCGGCGACAUUGUCGGCGGCGGUGGCGGAGAGGAGAGAGAGUACGAGGAGGAGGGUUUGUGUUAUGAGGGCGAAUAAGGUGUGGUGGAAGAGAUUAUGGUCAGCUUUCAUCUUCGUUUUUCCUCUCAGGAGUUCAGCUCCUUCUCACGUAUUCUCAGAUAGAGAGAGAAUGAGAAAAGGAGGAGAGAGAGGGUUUAGGGGUAGAGAGAGGUCAGCAAGUUUGGAUUUGCGUAAGCCGAAAGCAGAUAUGAUCAACUACAUUCAUUUCUUUCGAACCCUAAAUUGGAGUGAAGAGGACGAGAAUUUAUCUCAAGACGCUGCUCUUUCACUUAAUAAACUAUUUGAAGAACCUGAAAAACUUGACUCGAAUCUACUGUUAGAGUUGCUCAUUCAUUGCAAAGGUUUCGUUUUGGAAUCUCGUGACUGUCGAGCUUCAGCUGCUGAGUUCUUGAAGGAUAUUUCUUUCAAUGCGCCAUGGAUGAGUAAGCGAUUUCAUAAUUGUAGAUCUUUAUUUACCUUUUAUGUCAAAGCGGGUUGUAAGGCCUAA